GAAGAGAUAACAUUCGUAAGCAAAUCUCUUCUCUUCUCUCUUCUCUCUCUCCCUUCGUCUCCAAAGAGAUCACUUUGAGCAUUCUCAUCUCUUGAAGCUCUGUGUCUGUGUGUGUGGCCAUGGCUGCUAAUUCCAUUAUGGCAUCCUCCAAACCCUUAAUCUCCCUCUCCUCCAACCAGCAACCAAGCCGAGUCCAGAUUCCCAAAUUCGCCAAACUCCCCCAAAUUCCGAAAUCCCUCGCUUCCUCCUCCGACCUCCGUAGCAAAGCUCUAUCACUCUCUUCCGCCACCGCCAAAUCCCUAGCUCUAAUCGCCGCUUUCGCUCCUCCCUCGAUGGCGGAGGCGAUGGAGAAGGCUCAGCUCUUCGAUUUCAAUCUCACGCUUCCGAUCAUCGUCGUUGAGUUCCUCUUCCUGAUGUUCGCUCUCGACAAGGUCUAUUACUCUCCGCUCGGUAACUUCAUGGACCAGAGGGACGCUUCCAUUAAAGAGAAGCUCGCGAGUGUUAAGGACACUUCGACUGAGGUGAAGGAGCUCGACGAGAAAGCAGCCGCUGUGAUGAGAGCUGCUAGAGCCGAGAUCGCCGCCGCUCUUAACAAGAUGAAGAAGGAGACUCAGGUUGAGGUUGAAGAGAAGCUAGCGGAAGGAAGGAAGAAGGUGGAAGAGGAGCUACAAGAAGCAUUGGCGAGCUUGGAGAAGCAGAAGGAAGAAACCAUUAAAGCUUUGGAUUCUCAGAUUGCUGCUCUCAGCGAAGACAUUGUCAAGAAGGUUCUUCCUUCUUAAAAUUAAAUAAAUAAACCCUUUUUUUGUUGACUUUGUAAUCCUCUCUCUCUCUGCCUCUUUCUUUCUCUCUCAAAACUUAUUUACAAGAAAAUUACUGUAAAUCUCUCUUUCGUCUUCUUCUCUCUGUGUCUUGGAUUGUUCGCCGUUCAAGAUGAAGCAUUUUUAUUUGUAAGUUUAUAAGUAUAAUUUAGCUCUCCUCUUUCGUUUUAA